AUGGAAGUGUCUACAUUGAACAGUACGAAAGAAGCAGCGGCAAAAUCCUGCUGCAUUGGCAUGAAUGUGCAGGAAGAAGCAACCACUCCUUUCUCGUGCUCAGCAUGCGUCGUCCCCGCUGAAGGCAGCCAGCAGCAUCAUGCCCUAUCUGGCAUGAAUACUCUUGAGCAGAACAACAACAGUGGCGCUCCAGUGGGCUCUCACGUGGUGUCUUCUUCCUCGUCCGCUGGAGAUUUCGUCAGCUCAGAGAGCAAGAAGGGGAACAGUCACGCCGUUUCUCCCGCCUCAGGCACUCAGGACAACUCAGCCACCUUCACAUCUGGCCCGCGCAUCAAAACGAAUGUCGUUUCUCAGCUGACCAAGGAAGAGGCUGAACAAAGCAGAACGGAAGCUCUUUCCGUUGGAAACUUUGGCCAGGAGAGUGUGCAAAGCGGCACUGACUCUGCGAACGAUUCGCAGAAGAAAUUACCGAGUUGUCUUGUCACUAAUGCCAGGAGUUGCAGUGGUUCUGAGUCCACUACCCACGUGUUACCAGGUAUGCGAAAGCAGAGCGAACGUGCCGUUGACACUCGAGACGUAGCGACACUUCUGGAUGCAAAAUUUGCGAACGCUUCGAAUCAAAACAUCGUUUGCGGAUUGGAGGGCACAUCCAUUGUCGUGGAUUCGAAGCAAGCAUCGUUUUCUCCGUCAGAGGGACCAGGAACAUCCAACACUGAGGAGGCAGGUUUGAUUGACGCUUGCUCGAGACUGAAGCUAGGAACUCACGCAGCAACGGGCUCUUCCCCAAGUCAAGAGCUCUAUUGCAAAUCUAAAGCUAAUUUUGCCAACAGCUGUGCUUCACGCCCCGCCAUUCAGGGCAGCAGCGGUUUCAAGCAUAAAACUUCCUCACAGAACCCCCAGGAAACAGUAGCACUGAGUAGUUUCUUGUGCAGAAGCAAUACGAUUAGAGGAGAACCUGGGAACGGAACUAUGGAUACCAACGUGCAAGCGAAGGCAACAACAGCAAGUAAAGAAACUGACGCUCUCCUCGCAAGCCUUACUUCUCUGUCUCAGUCCCUCACCCGCGGUACAAGUGGCCCCAUCUCAGCGGGCGGAGGGAACCGGCCAAGUCAUUUCCAAACACACUGCAGUCUUAACCAACAUAAAGGUUUUCUCGGAAAUUAUGCCACAUUCUCUACAACCACCUCUCACAAAAAUAUCAACAUGGCCCUCUCGACUGAAGUGCCGACCCCCUAUGUGCCCAUCGGAAAUGUAGCGGAAGUGGGACACGUAAACCAAACUGGAGCGUUCGACUCUUCCUCUGCAUCCGCUUGUAUGCCGAACCUCGUACGCAAGAACGACCUUUCCGGGAAUAACGUGUCUCUCAUGCAGUUUCUGGGUCCGGCUUUGCCCCAUAAUGAAGAGGCCUACAGCAACUACAGCAACACGGUAGAAUACCACAAUGGUUUCUCGCACCGUAUGGGCAUUCCUCAGGGCAGUGAAAAGACGUGGGCAAGGUGCAUUGACGGAGAGUUCCAUCGAUCGUGCAGCAUUGAUAGCUGUGGAGCAGCUGACGGAAUUAGCAGAGACGACCACGUCCUCACGUUGCCACUAGGAAGCGUCCACGCUGGUGGAUGCAUCCCUGCAAAGCCACCGCAUCAUGAGGAUGGAUUCACCAACUCGACUAGCGAAAACGGUGUCUUCAAAAAUCAUCUGGGAACAUCGGCGGUGUCGGUUGCAGGAAGUUCAGCUGCAGCUGCUGCCGCAGUGCUGGCGCAGCAGGAGUCUCGGCCCCUUCUGCUUACACGGUUUGAGAUGCUCGAAGCAUACGCCAAGGGUCGCCUGUGCCUGAGCUGCGAUUCAAAGAGUCACAGAAUGCCCAGUUGUCCAUAUGGAGAGUUUGUCUGUCCAAACUGCCAUCGAUCCUCCCACAGGGGCGAGGAGUGCCCACUGCGCUGUCGCUUCUGUCAACAACUACACGUCGGCAUUUCGGUCACUGUCUGCAUUAAGCGUUUCCGAGGUCCGCUGGAGGCGCUCCUCGGAAUUUCUCUGCCGCUCCGAGACCUGCAGCCGGCGUCCUUGAUGUCCAUGGGAACGCCUGCUUCGCCUCUUGGUCAUGCGGCGUGCACGCGUCCUAAUAGCGCGUUCGGACGGAGUGUAUAUGUAUCCAAUUUGCCUCCCAACACAACCCAGGAGACCCUCGCCGCCGCUGUCGAUGCACUCCUCACCAAGGGCAGAAUAAUGCAGGUUGACCUCCAUGAGAAGCACGCAUUUGUUCAACUGAGCACCCUUGAAGCUGCGUUUGAGCUCGUCGAUAAGCGACGCCAACUCCAGAUCCGCGGCGUGACUCUCAAGGUCCAGUUUAAGAAGACCGGAGUCUUCAACAAUUCAAUGCCUCACGGGUCGGCAACAGUUUCCUGUGCGCUUCCACCGGGAACGAACACGGGUGCAACGCCUACUCUUUCGUCCGCAUACUCGCCAAACACGGCACGUAAUACGGGAAAUCAAAGUGGAACAUCCGCCAUAACUCCGUUGUCCGCUGCUUCCUCCCCGACGGGCGCGUGCGGCCCUGGAGCAUCUCCAACCUUUUCCCCGUCACUUAAUUCCCUCCUUAUUUUCCUUGGACCUCCGGCGUCGCCUUCUGUUUCAGAAAUUUGCACACAAGUAGCCGCCAAGCUAAAGGAGGAUCUUCACAUGGGUUUGGUGACGGCUCAGCAGCAAUCGCCGAGCGCGUCACCUGGCACAGGCCGCACGUCCGCUCCCGUCCGUCUGUCUGAUUGCUCGGAGUCAAAGAAUGCGCAAGCAGAGCUUCAACACCAACUUUCUGGAGUUAUGUCUGUGCCUUUCGACGAUCCUACUCCGCAGUCUACCACAGUCGCGGCUCUGUUUUCUGCGGCUGCAGCGGCCGCGAACACUCAAGCAUCAGGCGGUGGUAGCCUUGCCUGCCAGUCUGCAGCUGCUCUUCAAAGCCUCGCAUGUAGUGACAAAAUAUCCGGCCACAAUCAGCCGAUCUCAGCCCAUGACUCUGCAUCGUUUGCCGCUGCAGCGGCUCAGUACAUGGCCAAGUCUCUACUGAAUUCUUCAGUGGGAAACCGGGCUGAUUUCGCGCGCGCAGGCAUCCACGGAAGCCACCCGGCGACCGCAACGGGGGGAGGGGAGUGUGGAGGUAAGCGCAUGGCGUUCUCUCCGGAGGAUGUUGGCUCUCCGUCGUGUGGCCUGAAUCUUCUCGCUGAGUCCGGCUAUCACCACUCAGCAACCCUUCCCUCUCAGUCCCCGGCACUCAACGCUUUCCAGUCCUAUGCGAGCAUCGAUGGGUCUGUAGACAAUGGCGCAGCGUUGAAGGGUGCAAGCGAGAAGAACACCAUGCAGACUGCUAUGCCGUUGUCGUGCAGUAACACUGAAGGGUUCGCGAUGAAGACUAGCGCAGCGAGCGGGUGCAAUACGUCAUCUAAUAUCUCUUCACAGGGCGUGCUCAAUGGAUCAAACACAAACCUCCAACAUCCACCUUCGUGGGCGAGAACCUCUACACGGGCUACCGUGUCGUCUGCAGCUGCACCAGGAGUCAUUUCAUCCAUCGGUCAUGACACAGAGCAGGAGCAGUUUGUUUCGCAAGGCUCUGAGGAGGCCAUCAGUAGCGGCGAGACCACCCAGCAGCUGCUUGACGUAGCAGCGACGCUCAUGCAUAGAGCAGUGGAGGAGACUGCUGAUGUCGAGGAAAUUGCCCAGGUAGGAGGGAAACAUGGCGUCGGUAGUCCGCUACGAUAA